CUUGUAUACUGUCGCUGUUACGUUUGGAGCGACAAAAACACUGCGAGCUUACGAUCUCAAGGGACACACCAAGCCGACGCUCGGCCGUAAAAACAAAGACCUGUCCUGAUCUUACGGCGCUUCCUUCUGUUCCAAGAGCUCGACAACAUGUACUUUAACCGCGGCUUCCUCGUCAUCUCCUGUUGUGUUGUGGUAGGGCUGGUUCUGGGUUUAGAAGAUGGCACGGAUCGCCCGGUAAUCGGAGCUCCGGGAUCCCCGGUCCAUCUUUCGGAGUCAGACCCGGGGGUUAUGAAAGCAGUCAAAUUUGCAGAGGAACGAUAUAAUAUGGGCUCCAAUGCGAUGCACAUACGCCGUGUUAGCAAAAUCCUUUCGGCCAGUAAACAGCUGGUGAAAGGAGUUCGGUACAGUAUUAUGGUUGAGAUUGGAAACACACAGUGUAAGAAAUCCCUAAAGCUGAGCGCUGAGGACACCUGUGACUUUUUCCCAGAGCCUCACAAACAGAAGACGGAGGUUUGUUUGUUUGAGGUUUGGGACAUUCCCUGGGAAAAUAAAUCCACCCUACUUAAACAGAAAUGCCAGCCUGCGGUUUCCAAGGAGCUCAGAAAGGUUGCAGCCGUACCCCUAACCUAUGGCAAACCUAUGAAGGAAACUGUGGAGCUUUUGACCCAGUUUCAAAACUUUAUGAUCACAUACAAUCGAACAUACAGCUCCCAAGAAGAGGCAGAGAAGCGUUUGCGCAUUUUCCAGGAGAAUAUGAAAACGGCACAAACACUGCAAUCUCUGGAACAGGGGUCAGCUGAGUAUGGCGUCACCAAGUUCAGUGACCUCACAGAGGAUGAGUUCAGAAUGAUGUACCUGAACCCAAUGCUGAGUCAGUGGAGCCUGAAGAAGGAGAUGAAGCCAGCGACUCCGGCUAGUAAGGCUGCUCCUGACAGCUGGGACUGGAGGGACCACGGGGCGGUCAGUCCUGUGAAGAAUCAGGGCAUGUGUGGCUCCUGUUGGGCUUUUUCUGUGACUGGAAACAUUGAGGGACAGUGGUUCAAGAAAACCGGACAACUUCUUUCCCUCUCUGAGCAAGAACUAGUGGACUGUGAUAAACUGGACCAAGCAUGUGGAGGUGGACUGAUGUCUAACGCUUACGAAGCCAUCGAGAAGCUUGGAGGUCUUGAGACAGAAACAGACUACAGCUACACAGGACACAAGCAGAGCUGUGGUUUCUCUUCAGGGAAGGUUGCCGCUUACAUUAACAGCUCUGUUGAGCUGCCUGACAAUGAAAACGAGAUUGCUGCUUGGCUUGCUGAGAAUGGUCCGGUGUCUGCUGCCCUCAAUGCUUUUGCCAUGCAGUUCUACAGAAAGGGAGUGUCUCAUCCUCUAAAGAUCUUCUGCAACCCCUGGAUGAUUGAUCAUGCUGUGCUGCUUGUGGGAUUCGGACAGCGUAAUGGCACUCCAUUCUGGGCCAUUAAGAACAGCUGGGGAGAGGACUAUGGAGAGCAGGGUUACUAUUACCUGUACAGAGGAUCCAGACUGUGUGGAAUCAACAAGAUGUGCUCAUCUGCAAUUGUGAAUUAGACACACACACACACACACACACAUACACACACACACACACACACACACACACACACACACAAACAGAGAAAGCAAGCACGGAUACAAAACAUUUGAAAACAGCCCAGUCAUGAACAUGUGAUGAUUGUGUACAGAGUUCACUCUGUUUCAGUCAUCAUGUGAUCUGUGAACACAAUAGUGUAAAACACACACCCUGCACAUAUUUCAUCUAUAUAAGCACAUAAUUCUCUGUAGUUCAGGAAUGUGAAGUAUUUCUCUUGAGGUCAUGUACUUUAGAUAUCAGUCCUUUUCUGUUACAUACAUGCUAAAGAUCUCUUCUGUUCAGAAGAGCUGAAUUUGAUGUCACUACUUCAGAUCCACCUGAUGUUACAGGCACAGCAGCUUAUAAUAUAUAGCAAAUAAAUACAAGAUAACGGCACAGUUUACCAUGUUACUGAUACUAACAUUACAUAUGUGUUAUUGUGAUUUUAAAUCAGGUGAUUUAGUUAAUUGCUUUGUGUUUUACUCUAAUUGAUUUGUUAUUCUGUGUUUUAUUAUCUAAUUGUUAAUUUGAUUCUAAAAUGAAUUGAGCCUAUGUCAUAUUUGCUUUUAACCCUGUUUAGAAGUUAUCAAUUUUUAACACUGUAUUUUUUCUUUGUUUCUUUUCCAAGUGCAUUUUUUACUACAUUUUGAGCUGAUGGUCUUGGAAACUAGAUUUUGCACACUAUGAAUUUCCACAGUAUAUUGUGAUCAUUCCAUUAAUGUUAGUGUGGCUCUUUUUACCCGCACAUCUUCCUCAUUUUGAGCAUAUUUUGCUGCAUGGAAAACAUUUGCUGACCCUUCUUCCAAAUACACAGUGGAAGAUGUGUUUGAGGUCAGUGUUGUGGUAGAAAAGAUGAAUUUCUCAGUUGCUGUGCUGCUACUGUUCAGAUCCCUAAUGCAUUAUAAAGCUGUGUUGCUGAAUAAACUUCUAAA